CCAGUUAGAGCUCACUCACACAAAGACAACAUGUGGAGAAUCUUGUUCAACUGCUUCAAACCACAUAAUCAUGUCACUCAUUCAUAAUCCAAAUAAUUCCCUCAAAAAGUAAAAGUGAGUCAUUCUAACUUGGGUUGGUAUCAGUGAACCAUCUCAUUUCAUUUGAUACAUCAGUAAAGGUAUUCGCAUACAUUGUAAACAUACCUCACCUGCCUUUGGGAGCCAGUGUGGGUGUGACCCGCAUUCUGUAGCUGCGUCGUCUUCACCGCGUUGCGCAAUGUGUUUGAUCACAUCGUGUACAACCCGACCCAACCGCUCCCUUUCCCUAAAUUUUAAAGAUUUUGCUUUGAGACUCAAAUCCAGUCGUGUCCCUGGAACCCGCAAGCUUGUACAGCUCGAAGCUUAAUUCACGCUCACAUCAACAACAACCAAAUCCAAAACUUUGAAACGUGGAGGAGAGUUUUACCUGGAGGUACUUGAACUACACAAACCCGUCAGGUAACCCACGGCUGUGACUGACUGUGGCACCCUUUCACUGCCAUCAGUUCGUCUCCUCACAGCUGCUGUGUCAUGGGGGACAUCGACAAAGGGAAGAAGGUGUUUGUCAAGAAAUGUGCUCAGUGUCACACACUGACGAAUGGGGGACGCCACAAGGUGGGACCCAAUCUGUGGGGUCUGUUUGGAAGGAAGACAGGACAGGCACCUGGCUUCUCCUACACCCAGGCCAACAUCGAUAAAGGUAUCAUAUGGAAUGAGGAAACUCUGAAUGACUACCUUCAAAGUCCUAAGAAGUACAUCCCUGGUACCAAGAUGAUCUUCAAUGGGAUCAAAAGGAAAAAUGAAAGACUGGAUCUUAUAGCCUAUUUAAAGGACUCCACCUCCGAAUAAACUGCACAGAACACACUCAGUGGACAGAAGCAUUACACUGUACAUUUAGGAAAGAACACAGUGCGUUCUUUGUUUCAAUUUUGAGUUCACAAUUUGCAAUAGUUUUAAAAGUCUAUAUGUAUUAGGCUACCACAUUGCUGCAACACUGUUUCUGUGUCGAGGAGACUGUUUUUAAUUAUCGUAUGAGUCAGCCUUCUUGCAAGUUGUGGCUUUUCCAGAUAUUUCUCAGCCAAGGCUUCUUAAAGAGGCAGCCAUCCAUUUCGCUUUGCUCAAAACAGAGUUGUUUACAUAAUUAUUUCACCACCGUUUUCACAGAAACUAUUUUAUUAUGUUAGGCACUUGUUUAGUCUCAUUCUGUUGUGUGGUUUUCUUCUACACUCUCAAAGUGUUUGUGUUAAAUGGUGCUGGACUGUCUGUCUUAUCCCCUCCUCCUUUCUUUAAGCCAGUCGGUGGAAUCGCUUUUAAUGUUAUGAAGUUGCAUUUUCAAAUGAGUGUAUUGUAUUCCUACUUUUUCUAAAUUAACGUGUGUCUAUAUGACUUAAGAACAAUGAGGUCAAACUAAUUUGUAAUUUACUGGAAAGGGGUGUUUUUUUGGUUAAAGUAGCACACUGACAAAUACUUUAACUUGGUCUAAUAACGGCCUGUUAAAUAGGUGCUUACAUUUAUAUGAUGGUCUUUAAACUGAGUUACUGUUUCAUACUUUGAGUCAAAGGACGUGGCAAUAAAAAUGUUCUUCUGCUUUCGCAAAUUAUUUCAGUGAGUCAUUUUUUCACAUUUAUUGUUUCAUUCCACUUUAAAAUGACGUAUUUAGGUCAUAUUGUAUUAAUUUAAUUUACU